AUGGAGGCUAGGCAUAGAUCAAUAGAAGAGGUACACAAAAGAAGGUUGCAGAGAAUUAAAGUUAAAGAUGUGGAGAAGCCCUUCAACAUUUCCAUCCAAGAUAAGGGCACAAAAUGCAAGAGUCAUCCAUUGAAAUUGGUUCUACUUAUCAUUAUAGUUGGCACUUUUGCAACACUUCUUUACCCUCCAACUGUUUGUUAUCCUGACCAUAUAUCAGAUGCUGUUUAUCAGUCACAUUUUGUGAACAGGUUGAUAUGGGGGGACUCAGAUCCCCGAUACAUAUCGCCUUUCGACAUCAACUGGGAAGAAAUUUCAAAAGUCAUGGAGAAAAUGUCUGGCAUGAGUGAAAUUCAAGGAGUGGGCCUGUUAAAUUUCAAUAAGAGUGAAAUCAAUUACUGGAAAGAAUUUAUUCCUUUCGCCAACCACACUGUUCUGUACCUGGACCAUGUCGAAAGAAACAUGACUUGGGAUACAUUGUACCCUGAAUGGAUCGAUGAAGAACAAGAAGAUGAAGUUCCCAGUUGUCCAUCUCUGCCAAAGCUUGAAGUUCCAAGAAGACGACUUGAUCUUAUUGCUGUUAAGCUUCCUUGUAGAAACGAGGGGAAUUGGUCGAGAGAUGUUGCUCGGUUGCACUUGCAGCUAGCAGCUGGUGGACUAGCAGCCUCUGCCAAAGGCAAUUACCCUAUUCAUUUACUUUUUGUCACCAAAUGCUUUCCAAUUCCGAACCUUUUCACUUGCAAGGCAAUGGUUGCACGUGAAGACAGCAUAUGGUUAUACAAGCCAAACUUGAAUUUAUUGAGAGAAAAACUCCAGCUCCCGGUUGGUUCAUGUGAACUUGCACUUCCUCUUGGAGCCAAAGAAGGAGAUUACUUAGGAAACAUUCAACGGGAGGCGUAUGCUACAAUCCUGCAUUCUGCUCAUGUUUAUGUUUGUGGAGCAAUUGCUGCUGCCCAAAGCAUCCGCAUGGCAGGGUCCAAGAGGGAUCUCGUAAUACUUGUCGAUGAUUCAAUCAGUAAUUAUCACAGGAGUGGAUUAGAAGCAGCAGGAUGGAAAAUCCGGACAAUCCAGAGAAUAAGAAAUCCAAAAGCCGAGAAAGACGCCUACAACGAAUGGAAUUAUAGCAAGUUCCGACUAUGGCAGCUAACAGAUUAUGACAAGAUCAUUUUUAUUGAUGCUGACAUGCUUAUACUAAGAAACAUUGAUUUCUUAUUUGGAAUGCCAGAGAUUUCUGCAACAGGAAACAAUGGCAGUCUUUUCAACUCAGGUGUAAUGGUGAUUGAGCCAUCAAAUUUUACGUUCCAGCUUUUAAUGGAUCACAUCAAUGAAAUUGAGUCCUAUAAUGGUGGAGACCAGGGGUACUUGAAUGAAAUAUUUACAUGGUGGCAUAGGAUACCAAAACACAUGAAUUUCUUGAAGCAUUUUUGGGUUGGUGAUGAUGAAGCUGUAAAACAGAAGAAAAUUCACCUUUUCGGGGCUGAGCCUCCAAUUCUCUAUGUCCUCCACUAUCUUGGAUAUAAGCCAUGGUUGUGCUUCCGGGACUACGACUGCAACUGGAAUGUGGAUAUAUUACAAGAAUUUGCUAGUGAUGUUGCUCAUAAUAGAUGGUGGAAAGUUCAUGAUGCAAUGCCAGAACAAUUGCAGCCAUUAUGCCUAUUGAGAACAAAGCAGAAGGCACAGUUAGAGUGGGACCGGAGGCAAGCCGAAGAGGGGAACUACACAGAUGGACAUUGGAGAAUCAAAAUAAAGGAUCGGCGUUUGAAGAAGUGCAUUGACAAAUUAUGUUCCUGGAAGAGCAUGUUACGGCACUGGGGCGAGACAAACUGGACAGACGACGCAUUUCUUACUCCACCGCCACCUUCCAUCACCAAGGCAUCUCUUUCUGGAGAAAUCCUCACAGCUACAACUGUGAACAACACAGAAGACAACAAGAUACUUUAUGAAGACCGGUUUGAAUUUUUCAAUCUUUGUUAUAUUGCCAUGCCAUUUUACACUGAUCUUGAAAUUAGUAGUAAUAUAACAACAUUCUGCAGCAUGAAUCCUAGAAGAGCAUGGUGGAGGACUUAG